AUGCCGUUAUAUCUUGCGAGUAAUCGCUUCUAUCAAAUCCCAAUGCAGGCCGGACAUUCUCGAGACUACUUCGACAGUCUGCCUCUUUCACCCCCGGCUGCAUACUCAUACGAAUUCAAUAUGGCUGCCAUCAGCAAGAUCGAGGCUCAACAAGCCGUCGCAAACCUCCUCGCGAAACGCGAAAAGAGCUGGGCGGCCCGCGAACCAGGUGUUAUCCUCGUCUUCUGCAUCGUCUUCAUCGUCGCCUCUGGACUUCUUGGUCUCUGCGUUUCCAAAGCUCUUGCCAAACGUCGGGCCGCUCGUCAAACCAAUUGA